CACUAACUGCCUUGUCUCCGAAGGCAGCAAAACUUAAUCAAACAUAGCGUCUCCUGCAGACCCCAUCAAUUCAGUCCUACUUGGAGCGAAUAUCCGUUCCCUAACUUAAUUCUAAGUAAUCCAAUUGCUAAAUCCAAAAUCUACUGAACUGCCGCUUACAAACGCAAACUCAACAACGCUGCUACAACGAUGUUCAGGGAUCAACAACACCAGACAGAAUGUGACCCACACGCCCUUGGGGAUCUGCACUAUCCAAUUUCACAGACGGAAGACGCUUUCUGUUCUUUCCCUCUCUUAGAUGAGACAUCUUUCUGUGACCCCCAAGAAGCGAAUGCACUUGCAAGCGACCUGAAUUCAUUAUGCAAUAACCUUUCCUUCCAAGACAUCAUGGAAGAAACUGGAUUCGACGUCGACUCUGACUCCCUCGACUCUUUGGUCGACAGCUUUUUCAGAGAAACGACAGAAACCCAGAGGUUCGAGUUGAGUGAUCCUCCACCCUUGGAAAACUCGUGGCAAUCGCCAGUCAUGGAACCAGCAGCUACGGAUCUGCAAGAAGGAUUUCGGUGUCAAAGCAAACGCUACCAUCAUGUGUGCAACUAUACUACCACCCUCACAUCUACAGUUUCAACGCAAAGUGGAGCAACUCCAAGUCUCACGAGCAAUUCACAUUGGCAGCCUGACGAAACGUUGCCCCUGCAGUGGCCAGGAAAUAACGACACAGAAACUCACAAAACCCAAAGACGGACAAACAGUCAUAAUGGAUGCAGGAUCCCAGGGAUGACCACCAUUAUAGAUCCCUGGACAACCAACGACCAAUACUCUGAAGGGAGCGAUAUCAGUAAUCCUUUUGAUUUAGUGCAGACAAGCUAUGCGUAUAGCAAUAUGACCUCAGCGCAAGAGUCUUUGCUUGAAGAACCCAACAGACGUCCUGGACAGCACAGAAGCUCCCGCGUGUACCUUCCAGAAGGAGAGCAGAAGCUCAACCACAUACGAAAACUUGCCAACAUCAGAGCGAAGGAACAUAAUGCAAGAAAGAAGAAUGAGCGAUUGACCUUGCAAGGGGAACUGCAAAGAGAGGAGAAGAGGAAUCAGCUGCUGCUUCAGCAGCAACAGCAGCUCUUACAGGAACGCCAUAUGUGGAUAGCCAAGAUGAAGCUCCAAAGGAACCCCAAUCAGUCCACUUCUAUAACAGCACAAAAUGAUGCUGCUGUUUCUCAGUGGUAAAUAACAAUGAAUGAACCUCCUCUUCGUCCUCACCGCGACAUCAAAGUCUAUAUCAGGGAAUGAAUUGUAUUUAAAGUAUGUGAUUUUUAUCUUCACAGUCGUUUAAUAUAUUACCUACAUAAAAAUAUAUUUUCCUAUAAAAUCUAAUAAAAUGAUGAUAACCAAAAUGCUUAACAUCAUU